GGCUCCCUGAAUGGAAAUAGCCACUGAGGAUUUUUUCUUUUUUUAUGUGUAAAACUCAUCAAAAGGGAUGAUAAGAGAAGCAGCAAUUCACCAGGUGAUUCCAUACGGAGCUUGAUGGAUUUAUUGCAAGCAUCUCUGGCUGAAUGUGAUAUCAUGAAAUUGCAGAGGAGGCUGUGGAGCUGGGGGAGGCUGGUGAGAUGUGCCUGGAGUUUGGGCACCGGGAUUGCUGGAGCCGACAAAUGAAAGAGGGGGUGAGCUCAAAUGCCAAGCUGCACUGGGCUGUGAUUGGAAAUUUAAUCAGUUUUUUUUUUGGGAGAAAGUUUCUCUUCUUGGGUUGGACACAGUGAUGCUUUACAAGGAAGCUGUAGGAUGACCAUGAAGACUGGUGGCAUUCUGUGGAGCCAGGGUGGAUUUCACUGUCGGCAGCAUCCCUCGGCAGCUGCAAGGGGCGCACGGGCGGAGGUGGGGAGCUAGCCGUUCAGCACCUUGGCCAGCGAAAGUUUUGAAGAGCUGCUUUGGUGGAACAGAGCUGCUGUUUUGUCCCAGCUCCCUCUCUCUCUCCCUCCCCUCCUUUCUCCUUUCACUGUGCAAAUUCAGUGUGAAAUGAGCCUGACUUUGCAGGCAUAGUUUGUAUGAACACUCCGGUCUGGGAUAAUACUGAGUUUAGUGGGGCAAGGCAUGGAUGGUGGCAUUGCUUCCUGGGUGCAAUCUGCAGCUUCUCAGCUCUAAUGGUGCCUGCUUGGAGAUUCUCCUAUUUCUGACACAAAUACUGGAACUGCUGAAGGACCAAACACAAACAAAGUAUGAAUGUUGAACAAGAUGACAUUACAUCCACAGCAGAUGAUGAUAGGUCCUAGGUUCAACAGGGCCUUAUUUGACCCCCUUUUUAUUGUGCUGUUGGCUCUUCAACUUCUCGUGGUGGCUGGGUUGGUUAGGGCUCAGACCUGCCCUUCUGUAUGUUCCUGCAGUAACCAGUUUAGCAAAGUCAUUUGCACACGACGGAACCUCCGCGAAGUCCCGGAUGGUAUCUCCACCAACACGAGGCAGCUUAACCUCCAUGAAAACCAGAUCCAAAUAAUCAAAGUGGACAGUUUUAAGCAUUUACGACACUUAGAAGUUUUACAGUUGAGUAGGAAUCAUAUUAGGACGAUUGAAAUUGGGGCCUUCAACGGCUUGGCAAAUCUGAACACUUUGGAGCUCUUUGACAAUCGUCUGACAACCAUUCCAAAUGGAGCUUUUGAAUAUUUGUCAAAAUUAAAAGAGCUUUGGCUGAGGAACAACCCCAUCGAAAGCAUUCCAUCCUAUGCUUUUAAUCGCAUCCCUUCUCUGCGCAGACUGGAUUUGGGGGAGAUGAAAAGAUUGUCUUACAUUUCAGAAGGAGCUUUUGAAGGGCUUUCAAACCUUAGAUAUCUGAACCUUGGGAUGUGCAACCUCAGAGAAAUCCCCAAUCUUACUCCACUUGUAAAACUAGAUGAACUAGACCUUUCUGGAAACCAUCUUGCUGUUCUCAGGCCAGGGUCAUUCCAAGGAUUAACCAAUUUACAGAAACUGUGGAUUAUGCAUUCCCAAAUUCAGGUGAUUGAGAGGAAUGCCUUUGAUGACCUUCAAUCACUUGUGGAGCUUAAUUUGGCACAUAAUAAUAUAACUACGCUGCCUCAUGACCUUUUUACACCUCUACAUAAUUUACAAAGGAUUCAGUUGCACCACAACCCUUGGAACUGCAAUUGUGACAUUCUUUGGCUUAGUUGGUGGUUGAAAGAGAUAGUCACUACUGGCAGCACAUGCUGUGCUCGUUGUAGCACCCCUCCCAGUUUAAAAGGCACUCACAUUGCUGAGUUGGACCAGAACUAUUUUACAUGCUAUGCCCCAGUGAUUUUAGAGCCACCCACUGAUCUGAAUGUUACAGAGGGGAUGGCUGCUGAACUCAAAUGUCGGGCAUCAACAUCAUUGACUUAUGUUAGCUGGAUUACGCCAAAUGGAUCCAUAAUGACUCAUGGGGCUUACAAAGUGCGAAUUUCUGUGCUUAAUGAUGGCACACUAAACUUCACAAACGUAACAAUGCGAGAUACAGGAUUGUACACAUGUAUCGUCAGUAAUUCCGCAGGGAACACCACUGCCUCGGCGACACUGAAUGUGACUGCCAAUGAUAAUAAUCCUUUUACAUACUUUUCCACUGUCACUGUAGAGACUAUGGAACCAUCUCAGGACGAGGUCAGGACCACGGAACAUCAUGUGGGUCCUACACCACUUAUUGACUGGGAAACCGCAAAUGCAACCACUUCUCUAAUGCCGCAGAGCACAAGUUCCACUGAGAAACCCUUCACCAUCCCGGUUACGGAUGCAAAUGGUGGAAUGCCAGGGAUAGAUGAAGUUAUGAAGACCACCAAAAUUAUCAUUGGCUGUUUUGUAGCCAUCACCCUUAUGGCAGCUGUUAUGUUGGUCAUUUUCUAUAAGAUGAGAAAACAGCACCAUCGGAAGAACCAUCAUGCUCCUACGCGGACUGUUGAGAUUAUUAAUGUGGAUGAUGAACUCACAGCUGACACGCCCAUUGAGAGCCACUUACCCAUGCCCGCAAUAGAACACGAGCAUUUAAACCAUUAUAACUCUUAUAAGUCCCCUUUUAAUCACACAACAACAGUGAACACAAUAAAUUCAAUACACAGCUCAGUGCAUGAACCUUUACUGAUUCGCGCAAACUCUAAGGACAAUGUACAGGAGACGCAGAUCUGAAAUUCUGCAACAUGGGAGACUAAGAGCAAAAACAGACCAUUUAUAUUAAAAAAAAGAACGUAAAUGACUGGGCUAAAUCUACUGUUUCCAAUAAAAUGUCUUUACAAAAAAGAAAAAAAAAAACAUAAUAAAAAAACAAAGAAAUUUAUUUAUUAAAAAUUCUAUUGUAAUCUAAAAUAUUAAAAUCCUGUGUAUUCCUAAAGUUGGUUACACUUGGCUUUACCCAAGUUAUAUUUUUCAUGUAUUGAAACUUCCAGAAAAAAAAAAAUCAAAUCUAUAUUGGCUUUGUAUUGGGUAAUGAAGGCUUGAAUUGGGUCUAUUAUUUUAUUAUUCUCAAUUCAUCUACAGUUAUAGCUUUUGUAUGUUGGGAAAAGGCUUGGCAUGGAAUACCAUGGUAUUGGUAAAUUUAAAAGAAGAGAAUUUAUUUUUCAUUUACCUAAUGUCCUAUUCUGUAUUUUGCAGAAUUUAUAUUCUUUGAGACAAUUUACACAGAAUUCAGUGA